UCAGACCAAUCCAUCUAAGGGUACAAACGGGUAGGACAUGAAGUCACUUCCGAAAUUGAAUCGGACAUGAUACCUUACUCUUUUUAAAUUUUCUGCGGAAUUUCAAAAUAGAAAAAAUUUUCCUGCCUCCAUUGCCAGUUAAUUAGAAAAGAAGACUAAUUGCGCAUUGCUUACUAUAAUUAUGCAUUUUUAAAAUCAAAAGUACACAAAAUAGUAUUUAUAGCGCCCUAAUACACGAUUUGUGGCCAGUACACUCUAUUUAUUAUAAUACAUAAAUCGAACUACACAACCAUACUUUAUAUCGUUGCUACAAUAUCACUUUUUCCAUGUCAACCUUUAAUUUAUGUAUCAAUUUCUUUGCAUUCCCAUUUUCUACCACAUCCCUCCUCUAUGUUGUACUCAAUCCACCCCUAUUACCUCAACUAUUUAUUUUUUUAUUUUUAAUUUUUUGCCUCAGGUAAAUUCCAUAGCUAGAGGAACACCGUUCCUUCAUUGUGAAAUCAAGUUUCUGAUACUCGGACCAUGGAAUUUAAAUGAUUCUUCCUUCCUCUAUAUCAUUCCCCACUUCCAUCCCUUUUUCCCAUUUCAUACUUCAUUAGAAAUACAAGUUCACUUUCGAGAAAACAACUUUGUAAAAAGCUUUUCAAAUAAGUAGUUCCUUGCAGCCAAAUAGGAUGUUAGAUCAUGCUUUCUCUUGAAUAUGUCCCCAAUAAUUACGAGUGAAGGUUCUAUGAACUACAAAUGCGUUUCACUAAUACAACAAACAAACCAGGAAUGGUAUUAAGAAAGUAGACAUCUAAGACGUAGUAUUUGGUCCAUUCGGGGCAUAACUCAAUCAAUCAAUGAUGAAUUUCGGCAUCAAAGUAGUUCAUAAGAUAUGCCGGCAUCACGUCACAUCUAAAUGGUGGAACGGCCACGUGGUUCCUUGUUUCAAUAAUGCCAAGACUUGUGCAUAUAAAUUACAUUACUCUUUCUUUUUCUUCUUACUUGUUCCUCUCUAUCAUUCUACUCCUCCCAACUCAUCUCUUCUUUCAUGUCAAUCAUUCUUAUAAUCAUCAUCGGUAUGAUUUUAACUUGUGAUAUGUUGUUGUUUUCAUACUUCUAUUGUGUAUUAGUUUGUUGAUUAAGCCUGAAUACUGGCACACAGAUUACAGUUUCUGACUGAACUUUGCUAAAAUAUCGCAUCGCAGGGGUCUUUUUUGUGUUAUUCUGUAUAUUGAUAUGGCUACAAUUCAAAUGCCCCCCAGGAGUGCUUACUCCAGAGUCACGAUUUAUGACACUUGCUAUGGAUAGAUUUUUGAAUGAUAUGGAAAGGGAGAAGCCAAUCAGGUUCACUGACCAACAUCUAAGAAUUGCAACUGAUAACUACUCUUACUUGUUGGGGUCAGGAGGUUUUGGAUCAGUCUAUAAGGGAAUUUUUAGCGAUGGAACCAUUGUGGCUGUGAAGGUUCUGCAUGGGCGUUCAGACAAGAGAAACGAGGAGCAGUUUAUGGCUGAAGUGGGAACAAUUGGCAAAAUUCAUCACUUCAAUCUGGUUCGGCUAUAUGGGUUUUGCUUCGAGAGAAACUUGAUAGCACUGGUUUAUGAAUACAUGGGGAAUGGUUCUCUUGACAAGUAUCUUUUUAACCAAAACAAUGUCAUAGGAUUUGAAAGGCUUCAUGAGGUUGCAGUUGGAACAGCCAAAGGCAUUGCUUAUUUGCAUGAAGAGUGCCAACAAAGAAUAAUACAUUAUGACAUCAAACCAGGAAAUAUUCUAUUGGAUGGAAGCUUCAAUCCUAAAGUGGCUGAUUUUGGUUUAGCCAAGCUUUGCAAUAGGGAAAAUACUCAUCUAACCAUGACAAGGGGAAGGGGAACUCCUGGUUAUGCUGCACCUGAACUCUGGAUGCCAAAUUUUCCUGUGACUCACAAGUGUGAUGUUUACAGCUUUGGAAUGUUGUUGUUUGAAAUCAUAGGCAGGAGGAGAAACCUUGAUGUUGAAGCUGUUGAAAGUCAGGAGUGGUUUCCAAUGUUUGUAUGGAAAAAAAUUGAUGGUGGAGAGUUGGAGGAGUUGAUAGUAUCAUGUGGGAUAGAGGAGAAAGAUGGGGAGCUAGCUCAGAGAAUGGUUAAUGUUGCUCUGUCGUGUGUUCAGUAUAGGCCUCAUUCAAGGCCUCUGAUGAGUGAUGUGGUAAAAAUGUUGGAAGGUUCAGUGGAAAUUCCAAAACCUUUGAACCCAUUUCAGCAAUUUAUGGAUGGGAAUUUCCCUGCUCAUACAACAGAUACUGGUGGCUCUUCUGUUGUUGUAACUGACUCUAGCAUUGUACAGGCUACUACUUGAUGGACCAUUUCAUAGGUUAAGCGAUUGGUGAUUUUGGUGAAGAUAGGUAUUUUGAUCUGUGUGUGCAGAAAAAGAAAUCAGAAGAAUGAUAGAUCAGUAUUUUCUGGUCCAAAAUUUCUGACUCUGACUAUAAAUAAAUUUCUUAACGACAUGGAAAGGGAGAAGC